CUUCCUGCAGAGAGGAGGGCGCCCCGUGCUUUUGGAGAAGUCAGUAAAACCGAAUCUGACAUCACGGGUGAGCCAGCCAGCGGCCUCCGCUCCGGGCAGCAGAGGAGGAAGCCGCUCCCCGCGUGAUAACGCAUCAGUGAGGAGUAGGGACGCAUGCUGUUUCCGAAGGGCCCGGCCGACCUGCAGACAUGACCGUGUACCUGUGGCUGAAAGUCCUGGCGACCGCCUGCCUGCUGCUGGGCCUGGGCGGGCUCGGGGAAGGAAAUAAAACUGAUCUCACUACUUCUGGACCGACCACGCCCGAAGGCACCCAGCCUCCAGCCGCCCGCUCACCCGCCCGCACCACGCCACCCUCACCCGCAAGCACCUCGGAGCCGGACAGUGGCUCCCCAGAGGCCGAGACACCUCUUACUGCCGGGGGCUCCUCCACGGAGACGCCCCCUCGGGGCAGUGCCAGUGGGCCCGGUGUGACAGAUGCCACGUCAGCACCCCGGACACCGUCCACAGACCCCCAGACACCCGCUGCCGGACCCGGCUCGCGGGCACCCAGCGCGGCUCCCCCGCCCUCACUCACCCCGGCCGCCGGUGGCUCGGAGACAGCAGGGACCCCGACAGAGAUGACCCCCUCCAGCGCCUUCCAUGCACUCAGCAGCUCGGCUGCCUCACCCACACGCACCUCCAACAGCACCUCCAACUCCUCAGAUCCGGGCACCACCCUUACACCACCACCCACUCAGAGCUCUGCAGCAAACAACCUCACACUCACCACUGCAGCCCUAGCUCCAACAACUCCACCUCUGCCUUCCUGCGAGCAAGAGUUUGCAGACAUCUCUGUGACUUAUCACUAUGACAAUAAGACUAAUAAAUAUAAGGCACAACUGAACGUCAAUGGAAAUGUGACAUGUACCCCUAACUCAUGUGCAAACGGUGAGAUCGCUGACCUGGAGGAAUGUACGACUCGUGAUGUUGACAUAGAGGGUCAGUCAUGCACCGGUGCAAAAAAACUCACAUUACACGUCCCCCCAGGCCCUGGCCAUUUUGAGUUGGAAACCUGUACAAAACAGGAUGAUGCAGACAUUUCUAUUUGUUUAAUUUGGACACCUAAGGGAACCUUCACUUGUGACAAAAGCAAACUUCGGUACAGACAUCAAUGUGAUACUGAAAUUUCAAAAAUGGCCAGAAUUGAAGCAAAAGGCCUCCAACCUGAUCAAGAUUAUAAUUGCAGUUCACAAGUGUUCUUUGACAACUAUCACAUUACUGAACAAACUCAGACUAUUCGAACUAAACCUAAAAUCCCGGGACAGCCGCACAGCCUGACCUUUGCCGCACAUGAGAGGAAAGCAGAGGUCACCUGGACACCGCCUUCAACUUUCUUCCGUGGUUUUCUCCUCUGUUGUGAACCAGGAGGAGACAAGUGCAGCACAGAGAACAAAACCCCCGGAACGACCACGAUGGGUCAGAUGUGUAAACCAGGUGGCGCCUGCCGUGAACUGGAUCGAAACUCAAACAAUACUUCUUUGGAACCCCUGGACCCUUAUACAAAGUACUGUGUAACCCUGUAUGCCUCUGCCGGGGAAAACAAGACGCGUUUGGGACCUCCCAGGACCCAUAGUUUUCAAACAAAAGCAGCACGCCCAGGCAAGGUCCAGGACCUGAAGGCCAAGCCGAAGGCAGAUAACAGUAUGCAGGUGACUUGUAGCAGACCCAACCACAUCAACGGCCCCGACACAAUCUACAAGCUGUUGGUCAAGACCGCACAGGGUGCUGAGGCUACAUCGUCUUCUCAGAAGGAUGUCUGCUCAUUCUCCGUGGACGAUCUUAGCUACUCAACACAAUACACCUUUGAGGUCUUUUUGUACAACGGGGAAUUUCAAGGACCCUCAGACUCUGUUACUGCAUCAACAUCAUAUAAUUCUAAAGCACUGAUCGGGUUCCUGGUGUUCCUGAUUCUCGUGACCACAGUGGCCCUGCUCAUUGUCCUCUACAAAAUCUAUGACCUGCACAAGAAGAGAUCCAGCAAUUUAGAUGAACAACAGGAACUCGUUGAAAGGGAUGAUGAGAAACAGCUGAUGAACGUGGACCCCAUCCACGCCGACGUUUUGCUGGAAACGUACAAGAGAAAGAUCGCGGAUGAAGGAAGACUUUUCCUGGCUGAGUUCCAGAGCAUCCCUCGGGUGUUCAGCAAGUUCCCUAUCAAGGAGGCCCGGAAGUCCUGUAACCAGAACAAGAACCGCUACGUGGACAUCCUUCCCUAUGACUACAACCGCGUGGAGCUGUCGGAAGUAAACGGAGACCUGGGGUCCAACUACAUCAACGCCAGCUACAUCGACGGUUUCAAAGAACCCAGGAAGUACAUCGCCGCACAAGGUCCCCGGGACGAGACGGUUGGCGAUUUCUGGAGGAUGAUCUGGGAGCAGAAAGCCACGGUGAUCGUCAUGGUCACCCGCUGCGAGGAAGGGAACAGGAACAAGUGUGCAGAGUACUGGCCGUCCAUGGGCGACGGUGCCCGGGAGUACGGCGACGUCCUGGUGAGGAUCAAUGAGCACAAAACCUGCCCGGAUUACAUCAUCCAGAAGUUCAGCAUCACCAACAAAAAAGAGAAGACGGCGGGCAGGGAGGUCACUCACAUCCAGUUCACCAGCUGGCCAGACCACGGCGUGCCCGAGGACCCCCACCUGCUGCUCAAGCUGCGGAGGAGGGUGAACGCCUUCAGCAACUUCUUCAGCGGCCCCAUUGUGGUGCACUGCAGCGCGGGCGUGGGGCGCACCGGCACCUACAUCGGCAUCGACGCCAUGCUGGAGGGCCUGGAGGCCGAGAACAAGGUGGACGUGUACGGCUACGUGGUCAAGCUGCGGCGGCAGCGGUGCCUCAUGGUGCAAGUGGAGGCGCAGUACAUCCUGAUCCACCAGGCCUUGGUGGAGUACAACCAGUUCGGGGAGACGGAGGUGAGCCUGGCCGAGCUGCACCAGUACCUGUCCAACCUGAAGAAGCGGGACCCGCCCAGUGAGCCUUCUCCGCUGGAGGCCGAGUUCCAGAGACUCCCCACGUACCGCGGCUGGAGGACGCAGCACACUGGAAAACAGGAGGAGAACAAGAGCAAAAACAGGAUCUCUUCCGUCAUUCCAUAUGACUUCAACCGAGUGCAGCUCAGGCACGAGCUGGACUUCAGCAAGGAGAGCGAGCAGGAGUCCGACGAGUCCUCGGACGACGACAGCGACACCGACGAGAACAGCGGAUACAUAAACGCCUCCUUCGUGACGAGCUACUGGAAGCCGGAGGUGAUGAUUGCCGCCCAGGGGCCGCUGAAGGAGACCACCGGGGACUUCUGGCAGAUGGUCCUCCAGAGGAAAGUCAAGGUUAUCGUGAUGCUGACAGACCUGGACAACGGAGGCCAGGAGGCCUGUGCCCAGUACUGGGGAGAAGGCAAGCAGACGCACGGAGACGUGGAGGUCCACCUGAAAGACACCGCCCAGUCUUCCGCGUACACCCUCCGCAUCUUCGAGCUGAGACACUCCAAGCGGAAAGAGCCGCAGACCGUGUACCAGUACCAGUUCCGGCACUGGAGGCCAGCCGAGCUGCCGGCAGAGCCCAAGGAGCUGGUGUCCAUGAUCCAGGCCCUGAAGCAGAAGCUGCUCACGAGGGGCCCGGCCGACGGGCACAGACACCACAAGAACGUGCCCCUGCUGGUGCACUGCAGAGACGGGUCCCAGCAGACCGGGGUGUUCUGUGCUCUGCUGAACCUCCUGGAAAGCGCGGAGACGGAAGACGUGGUAGACGUGUUCCAGGUGGUCAAGUCCCUGCGCAAAGCCCGGCCGGCGAUGGUGCCCACGUUUGAGCAGUACCAGUUCCUGUACGACAUCAUCGCCAGCACCUACCCGGCCCAGACCAGGCAAGUGAAGAAGCACGCCAGCCAAGAAGAUAAGAUUGAGUUUGAUAACGAGGUGGACCAAACCAAACAGGAGGCUAAUUCCGUGUGUGCGCUGGGCACCCCAGAGAAGAGCCAGGACGGGGGCCCAGAGGAGGGGGGCCCCAAACCCGCCAGGGGCCCCGAGGAGCCAGAACCUUCCGCCAACGGCCCGGCGAGUCCAGCCAUGACCCAGAGCACAUAGGAACGGCCGCGGUGGGGGCAGCUCAGAACCUUCCAUGAAAUGUCAUUUCUGUUUUUCUACAAGUAGGGCCCCCAUACAGCGGGUUAACCAGGUGAAGGGGGGACAACUUUUCGGGCAAGCCUCUGUUGUUUUUUUUUUUUACUGUGGAAAAUAUUUAAGACCCUUUUGUACAGCCUCAUGCUUUUUUUAAAAGUUUGCCUAUCACUCAGCAAAAAAUAACUUUGUAACCUUUCCACGUGGGUUUGGGUGUGCCCCUGACCGAGGGGGGAUGCGGAUUUCAAGUGAGUCUAAGAGCUCUUGAAAACCUUUGCCUUUUUGUUUGGGUUUCUUUCUUUUUUGAGAAGAAGAACAAGGAAAUGUUUUUACUGGAAGCAUGCGCUUGAGGCAUCUAUUUCCUGAAAUCACGAAUCGCGUGUGGGCUGUGGAGGUCGGCCGUGCGCAUUUCGGGGACCCACCGCCAGGGGUCCUCCCUGCUCCAGCCGCACACAGCUCCCCGGGCACGGGUCCACCGCGGGAGACAGGCAGGAAGUAGUCAGUGCGUGUGCAGUUCCUUCAAGAGAGCCAGCCAAAUUGACGUUUGGAAACCUUAUAUUCCAUAUGUUAGCAUUUAGUGCAGUCUCCUUUCAAGCUUAUUUAAUCUAAUUUAAAAAUUUCAAGCCGGCCUAUCUUGGUAUCUUUACGUGGUGUUUACAUUUCGCAUCCGGAGUUAUUCUUUGUACGAUAUGCGACAUUCAUUGCUUGGUACUUCUGACCCGAAAUUAUGUGUUUGUUAGGACUGAAUUUAAAUAAACAUCUUUAAACAAGUGCAGCCUAUAUUAAAUCCAUAGAAUAAAAAUAGAAUCGUGCAAAUGUAUGUGUGCUAAAUAUUUACAUGUGAAACUGAAUACAGCUCUUUUCAUGGAAUAAAACAUUGAUACGGGA